AUCUGUUGCCGUCUGCUGCUCCUUGUAUUCCUCCGCCGGUUGAUAAAACGCAAAAUUAACCCACGAGUGAUUCAUAUUAUUUCUACUGGAUAUAUUUGGAGAUAAAAAUACACCAGUUUUUUGGUGGGGAAGGUGUCGAAGGGGGAAAAUCUUGUGUGGUGAGAUAAGGAACUAGUUUUCGUUUGAGCGGCGCAGCGGUCGUGACCACCUCGGGGGCAGGGAGUCACCGGCGGCCAGGCGAGACACAUUUCUCUGUUUAAAACCCAAAAUUCUACACCAUGGAUGAGGAAUACGACUGCAUCGUUUUGGGCACCGGCUUGAAGGAAUGUAUCAUAUCCGGGAUGCUGUCGGUGUCGGGGAAGAAGGUGCUGCACAUGGACCGCAACAAGUACUAUGGUGGAGAGAGUGCCUCCAUCACCCCUCUGGAGGACCUCUUUACCAAGUUCAACCUUCCUUCCCCAGAGGAGGCUUACGGGCGCACCAGGGAUUGGAAUGUUGACCUCAUCCCCAAGUUUCUGAUGGCUAACGGCCAGUUGGUGAAGCUGCUGAUCCACACCGGCGUCACACGUUACCUGGAGUUCAAGUCGAUUGAGGGCAGUUAUGUAUAUAAGGGAAACAAGAUCUCUAAAGUUCCUGCUGAUGAAAAGGAAGCCCUGACAUCAGAUCUGAUGGGGAUGUUUGAGAAGCGGAGGUUCAAAAACUUCCUAGUGUUUGCCCAGGACUACAAAGAUGACGACCCCACCACCUGGAAGGCCAUCCCAGGCUUUGACCCCAAGACCACCACCAUGAGUGAGGUGUUUGCUCACUGCAACCUUGACAAGCACACCAUUGACUUCACCGGACAUGCUUUGGCACUCUACAGGGAUGAUGACUACUUGGCCAAGCCAGCAGGAGACAGCCUGAAGAGAAUUAAGCUGUACAGUGAUUCCCUUGCCCGCUAUGGCAAGUCCCCCUACCUCUAUCCUCUCUAUGGUCUCGGGGAGCUUCCUCAGGGCUUUGCCCGGUUGUCUGCCAUCUACGGUGGCACCUACAUGUUAGACAAACCAAUAGACGAGAUUGUCCUGGAGGGGGGCAAGGUGGUGGGUGUGCGGUCAGGGAACGAGACUGCAAAGUGCAAGCAGGUGUAUUGUGAUCCAAGUUAUGUACCUGAAAGAGUGGAAAAGGUUGGACAGGUGGUGCGAGCCAUCUGCCUCAUGGACCACCCCAUCAGCAACACCAAGGAUGCUCUCUCCACACAGAUCAUUAUCCCACAGAAGCAAGUGAACAGGAAUUCUGAUAUCUAUGUGUCGCUGGUCUCCUACACACACCAGGUGGCUGCGAAGGGAUGGUUUAUCGCCAUGGUCAGCACCACCGUGGAGACUGAUAACCCUGAGGCAGAGAUUGGUCCUGGUCUUAAUCUUCUGGGACCCAUCAAGCAAAAGUUUGUCACAGUGUCGCCCAUCUACAAGCCACUGAAUGACGGCGUGGAGAACCAGAUCUUCAUCUCUGAGUCAUACGAUGCAACCUCCCACUUCGAGACAACGUGUUUGGACGUCCUCUCCAUUUACCGCCGAGGCACCGGGGAGGACUUUGACUUCAGCAAGGUGAAGCACAACCUUGGAGACGAAGACAUGUAAACAAGUCACAUUGCACCUGGCUGGUUGGUGCUUGGGGGUCAUGCAGCCUCAGUCUCUUCAACAGGAUGCGACCAUCAUCUCCACAUCUCGCGCUGCCUUCCUUGCAUUACUAGCUGCAGUGUGGCCUCCAGAUUGUGAACUUUGUUUUGUUUCCCUGAAUUGCUUCAUGAAGUCACCACCACCAGAGUUGUUUUUUCCCACAAGUUUAUACCAAAGUAUGGUAAUAUUUGAUGAAUAGUUUUAAUUUUUUAUUACUAUAUUGGAGAUGAAUUUGUAAUUAAUGUUGUGAAUAUACAUGAAGUGUAGAGAAUGGUAUUUAGUGAGUUCUGAUGAUUUGAGGCUGCUUUAAUGCUGUUAGUUCACUCUGCUAUUUACCUGCUCCCUGGAAACCUUGAGAGAAACUGCCACAACUGUAAUAGGUUGGCAUUAUCAGUGUGUAGUAGAUGACUUCAAAGGGGCGUUUUUAGUAUUAAAUUGAUGUUGAUAAUUGUUGUGCGGUUAAUGACUAUUGAACAUGGCAGGCAGUAGCAUGAGAAAAAAAAUUAGUGAAAAGAAUGAAGCAGUCUUUUUGUAAAGAUUUGUAUGGCAUUGAGAUAUUGGAGCUAAAUUUAGUAUGUAUGUGACCUUGAACCUUGUGUUAUAUCACAUUCCUCAGUCUAAACCUUAUGUAUGCAUGUAUAAUCCAUUGUAGGCAUAUGAACUUCUCUUGGGCAUAAAUUCAGAGAUUACUGAUAGUUUAUAACUUGUGACUUUGGGGUGGACUAGUUUCUUUUGUAUAAGAAAAAGCUGUGUUAAAUAUUCUCUGAAGGUGAAGAACCUUGUAUGGCUUGCACAGAACUGCAAUUCGUAUGCCUCACGAUACGUUGACCAACACUUGUCAUUACUUGCAUCGCUCAAGUAUCACGGGAUCAGCAUGCUCGAGAUUGUACUACUGUGUUUGAUCACUGGGUCUAUGAUUUGGUAUCUAAUCCGGCUGGCAUGUGUUCUUGUUUUUGUACCGUACUUUAUGCUAAAAUUUGCUGGUCACCUUUUGCACUGCUUUCCAUCAUUGGGAUAUUCAAGUUGUCCGACUACCUUGACAUCUGUAUGCUUUCAUAUGUAAGUCAUUCCAGGUUAAAGGAUAACACCA